AUGACCACUCGAUGUGCUCAAUGCAAGGGGGUUCAGGGAUCUGAAUGCUGGACCAGGGGUUGGGUAGGUAGGUCGGCCAUAGGCCGAAAAAAAGAUUUUUGGAACCCUCUACAAGAUAGUCCUAAAUUGGUUUUCCAAGGUGAUUUACAGUAUUCCUGCAUCUAG